GUCCCGCCCACGCCUGGUCUAUCUCGUUCUCAGGCAUUUGCAUGUAAAAACAUAAAUCACAGAAAACUACAUUCUGUCAAAAUAAGGAAUACAGCAACAGUUCGGGAUUAUAGUGAAUUAGGAGUUUAGGGCAAACCGCGUGAAUAAAACGAUGGGAAAGGGUCUGGAAUAUGUGGGAAUCUAUGGAAAAGCUGCAGAGUUGACCAAGUUGAAGGAGAAAAGUUUGGGAAAACUUUAGCACUUCUUCGUGCAUGGAUGCGAUUCGAGAAGACAUGUAAGGUCAGAAUGCAGGAGAGUUCUCUCUCACGUUGUUUAAUUCACUGUCAUUGUAGUGUAAUUCAUUGCCGUUUUAGUGUAAACGCUGGUUUCUUGUUUUGAGACUCUUAAUUAGAGUAGAGUAGAGAGAAAAAGACUGCAGCAAAUUGUGGUUAAAAGUGUAGCCUAUUGUGCUAGCUCAAUUGAAAAGGGGUGAAAGCCUAGCCACUGUGGAAGAAAAAGUGCUUUACCGCAAUGAAUUAACAGAAGGAGAGAACAUAACAAAAAUACAAGCACAAUGGCAGAAACGGAGACAGAGAAGGUGUAUAGCAGGGUCUCUUUCAAAAAGUUUGAAAGUUGGAGCUCAAACAAAAGUCGCUGUGAAAUUCAACAAAACAAAUCAAAGGAUUUGGAGAGCAGUAGCAGCGCCCUUCCCCCUCCAUCUACGGCUGCGGCAGAGAAAGCGCAGCCCUCGGCUAUGCGUAAUGUUAGUGUGUCAAGGAAAGUUUCCAAAAUCUCCGCUGCCAGCCUCGACACCGCAGAGCUAAAGAAAGCCUCUUCCACUCCUCUCUCCUCCAUUUCUCCCUCUAUUCGCCAACUCACUGAAAAGUUCAGUAGCACUAAUUCGGCUCGGAAUCACGGAGCCCUGAGCCCUGGCAGUAACGUGGCCGGGAAGAGCACAACUUUACCCCGAUUUAAAAGCAGAAGGGGAGAGAGAUCCCCGUCUCGGAAUUUAUUCCACGAGGACAGUGGAUAUUUACAAGUUACUGACACGGUGUUAACAGAGUCUCCGACUGACACUAAAGUUAAGCAACAAACGUUUUAUUCAGGCACAGACUCUGUCUCUGGGUCGGAUUCGGAUAGAAAUCAACAAUUGAUUUAUACUCGCAAAUCUGCACAAGGCAGCAGCGUUGGGACUGGUAAAAGAGAUUAUUCCCAAAUUGAUCCGUCUAUCUCUGAUAACAAUAACUGCAGUGAAACGUUGAACGCUGAGGAUUAUGUUUUUGUCAGUGGGGCGCCUGCCUGCAAGUCACACAGGAGCUAUUUCCCAAGUCACCAUGGAGAUCCUCCUGUUCACAUUGAUUUAACCAACUGGCCCAGUGUCACCAAGAUCCGAGAGCUUUUUGGGGACAGGCACAGAAAGAAGCACCGGUCCACCUCUGAUGCAGAGGAUUUAAAGUCUGCUGACCACCUCGAGCUCUUCAGCAGCUCCAAAGAGAACUCUGUAUCAGGCAGAAGCGACAGGCAGUCUCCCAACAGCCCAACCCCAGAAGCCACUAGCCUCUCACUGUCAGACAGACACCGCAGCAGGGCUGCCUCCCUGGGCAGAGAGAGGAGACACCAGGGCAUGGACUCAGCCUUUCACCCUGACCAGCACUACUCAGACAAGGCAGAGAUUGAGCCAGCCAGCGCUAGUAUUAGUAGAAGUGGUAUGUUUCUUAGGGUGGCACAGCCAUCAAACACGCACAGACCCCACAGCCCCAGCAGUGGAGGAGAGGAGCCUGAGACCCGUCCAUCUAGUCUGAACUCUGACCCCCCACUCUCUGUCCUAGCCGCUGGCCCCACCUCCCCACCUCGGAGCAGCUCCAGGGGCCUCUCCUCCUCCUGUGUCUGCCCCUCUGUAGAGCAGCAGCAGAGCCAGGGGGCCGGACAGCCCAGGGACAGUUUACAUUCCUCACAUAGCUCCUCCAGACCGGUGGCCCCCUCCUCUGAUAGAGCCUCAGCCAGGGCAGCCAUCACAGCCCGCUGGAGGUUCAGCUCAGGAGACGAAGAAGAGGAGUACCACCGAGCAGGAGGAAGGAGCGCUCCCUCGUUAGGUGUCAGUGGAAGUUACCUCUCCCGCGGUAAGAAUGGUUGGUGGGGUGGAAAGGUCCCCGGAAGGUCUUCAGGCAGUGAAGAGGACAGCCCUGCUUCACUAGGACCUAGCCGAGACACCAUGCGACGCCGUUCACUGAGGAAGAAGAAGAAGAACAGCGAAGUUGCCAUAGCAACAGGACGAGACAAUGGUGAAUCAGACGACAGCGACGACGAGCAGACAGGUAUGAUGGAACACCUGGAGAGACACCAACAGAACACCGCCGCCACUACAGAACAGGCUGGUAGCUCUCGGAACCGGCUCAGAGAACCCGAAGGCUCUAGAAACAAUGCAGCGCAGAGGGGACGCAAUUACACUCCUAACCAGAUGGUGGCGCAGGAGAGCUACAGACGCCAAUACACCUCAGGUGGGCCGGGGACAUCAUCUCCCUUGACCACGCCCCUCACAGGGGUAUCACGGGUGUCAAAGGUCAACAUCUCAUCGUUUAUUUCGAGUCCCUGCGGAUCGCAGACCAGCAGUAGAUACUGUAGCACAGAGACACUGAAAGAAGACCAAGCUAGCUAUGCUAACAGAAUGGCUAACACUACUACUACUACCACCACCCCAGGCAGUGUGGUCGGUGCAUCCUCCUCCAUGCUCAGUAAGACCUACCACGGUAACUUCACCAUGUACCGCUCCCCCAGCUUCGGACAUGGGGAUAACUUAUCCCGCGCCCCUGUUAGAGUCUGCUCCCACCUUCUUCCCCCUGUCAAUCCACCAUCUCCAACCACAGGGGACACUCGAGGGGUUACUAGGGAGGAGACUACAGUGUUCCAGCGGUUGAUAAGUGGUGGCGUAGUCGGGGAUAAGGACAGGAACAGGAUGUCAGUCUCAAACCCGGAUAUUGCUUCGGAAACAAUGUCCCUCCUCAGCUUCCUGAAAAGUGACCUAUCAGAGCUCAGAGUUCGGAAGACGGACAGGUCAGGGGUUACUGAGGGGUCAUCUGCGGUGUACAGGAUGGGGUCAAGAGGUCUCCACCCAGGACUCCGCCCUUCAUUAAAGGACCUCACUGCAACUCUUCGACGUGCCAAAUCCUUCACUUACUCUGAUAAACCAGAAGGGAGGCAACAUUCAGAUGGGUCCUCGGCCAAAAGAAGCUCUUCUGAGCAACGUCUGGAUUUAGACGGAGAGCGUGAUGGAGGGAGGAGGGUGGUGCCUGCCAGAGAGGUGGAGAGUGACGGAGGGGACUGCAGAGCAGGGGGUUAUGGGGAUGAUGAAGUGAUGCCUACUCCGCUGCAGGACAGGUAUGUACAGGAGGCCAGACAGGUGAUCAGAGAUAUCUGCCAGAUGAGCGCUCGCAAGGAUGAUGAUAACGAGGAUGAUAUGCUAGCGACAGAUUCCACUGAGGAUGAGGGUUUCAAAAGGAAACAAGUGGAGGAGCAGGAGACAAAAGAGAGGGAGGGGAGAGCUAGGGAGGCUGAGGUUGACAUUGGGGCAGCCUCCAUUUCAGGGGAACAAGAGAAGAAGGAGGGGGAAUGUGAAAACAGAGAACGAGAGAAGUGCCUACAGAAGGGAGAUUCUGAGGAGAAUGUGUUUUAUGACCGAUUUGUUGAUGAGCUAUCGGGUCACGAGUCAAGCCUCACAGAUGAGGGCAUAGUCACAGAACCAGAGACUGGACCUGGUGACCCUGAGAGGUUAUUUGUGGGGUCAAGUUUAGGAUCAUCUUUGGCCAGAGAUGUGCUAGGUCAACCCCUGACUGUCUGGAAGCAGUCUGCUCUGCAUGAGGAGAAAUGGCCAGAGUUAAACGAGGGAAUGCGAGAGGGAUCGGGGUUAAACGAGGGAAUGCGAGAGGGAUCGGGGUUAUACGCAGGAGCGAGAGAGAAACGAGAGAACCUGGUCUCUGUUCCUGCUCUUGGGACUGAGACUGAGAGCAUUGAUGUAGUAACAGGGAUGAGCAGCGUCAACAACAACAGUACUAGUGGGAGAACUAAUGUAUCCCAGAGUGCCUCAGCCCCAGGACUUGAGGCUCCUCCCACUCCGAGCGCUAUCCGCCGCCGCCGUAAGUUCUCCUCAGCAGGGAACACAGGUUCUGACUCCAGCAACGGAAGCAACGGGGAGUCCAACGGGGAUCCUACUGUUUACCGUUCGCUAAGCGACCCCAUGCCUCACCGGCGCCACUCUGUGUCAGAAGAAGGGAAUAACAGUUUCUCUGUGGAUAGUAACCUGCUGGGGUCGCUCUCUCUCUCCUCCAAGGGGGCAGGAGGAGUCGGAGGAGGAAGUGUCCCAGAGUCAUCCUCUGCAGCUGAUCUAUCAGAGUGCACGGGCAGCGUGACCAGCGAGCUAUCGGUGUACAGUGACGGUGGUCUCCGUGACGAUAGUCUCCGUGACGACUACAGCAAUGUGAUCCGGAGCAUUGUUGCAGAGCCAGGAGCAAUGGACAGAUUGAUGACAGAUGACAAAAACAACGGGAAAGCCACGAAGAAGAAGUCCUUCUCGGACCCCAGUCGCCGUGGUGAUGGCCACCUGCUUGACGAAUCAGGGUUCAAAAGUCACCAUCACCCCAACGAACCAAUCAGUGAGCUGGAUCAGCUUGGUCAGAUCCCGCCCUCCAGCAGUGAGCCAAUCCUGAGUGAGCAGAGAGACGAGCUGUGGGAGCUCGGAGACGAACGUGGACGUCCAUUACGUAGUCGCCUUGUCAACAAUGAAGGUGGCAAACUCCGCUCCCAAUCAGAACGGGAGCUGCACUCCUGUCUCUAUGGUGAUGACACAGAUGGAGGGGGGCAGAUAUUGAACUUUGACCCCGAACUUGCGGAGGUUCUAUCUCCCAAAAUGGGCCGGCGGGCCUCCAGGAAACGCUCCAACCGAGUCGCACAAACAGCAUCGGAGGAGCUGGACCACUCGGAACCAGGUCCAGAAGACCACGGUCCAGAGGAGAGCCAGGAUCAAGACCAGACUGAGCUCAACCCCCCACUGCCCCCACCCCCCCCUAAAUCCAAAGCCAGGUCCAAGCACGUCCGCCACGCCAGCGAACCUGCCACCUUCAUCCCUAUCUCCCCACCUCCACAGCCCCCGCCUGCCUUGCUACCCGCCUCUGAACCCUCCAUCCUGUGUCAGCCCACUGGUGUGGAGGCCCCCUCCCUGGAGGAUGUGACCAAGCGGUAUAUUCUGGCUCUGAAUGCUCCUGGGUGCGAGGGGGAGCCGUCUGGGCCUGGGUCUGGAGGAACGGUGCCUGUACCAGACGGGUCCAACUCCAGCCCUGCUACUCCCACUGGUGCCAGAGAACCCAGACUGCAGAGGAAGAGCAGUGAGGAGCUGACCACACCAGCCCCACAGAGAGCCAAACCCAGAGUGGAUAUGAGAAGACAUGUCGUGAUGACCCUCCUGGACACUGAGCAGUCUUAUGUGGAGUCACUCCGGACACUCAUACAGGGCUAUAUGCGGCCUCUGAAGCAGCCAGACAGUGGAUCACUAGUUGAUCCCUCAUUGGUGGAUGAGAUGUUCUAUCAGAUCCCAGAGAUCCUGGAGCACCAUGAGCACUUCCUGGAACAGGUCACCGGCUGCAUCAGCCAAUGGCACGACAAACAGACCGUGGGUCAGCUGCUUAUCCAAUCGUUCUCCAAAGAGAUUCUUGCUAAUAUUUAUUCAGCAUACAUCGAGAAUUUUCUGAACGCCAAAGAUGCAGUGAGGAUCGCAAAGGAGGCCAAGCCAGCAUUCCUCAAGUUCCUGGAGACCAGUAUGCGUGAGAACAAGGAGAAGCAGGCCCUGGGUGAUCUGAUGAUCAAGCCUGUCCAGAGGAUCCCCCGUUAUGAGCUGUUGGUCAAGGAUCUGUUGAAGCACACUCCUGAGGAACAUCCAGACCACCCGUUGCUAUUGGACGCCCAGAGAGACAUCAAGCGAUUGGCUGAGAAGAUCAAUAAGGGGCGUCGCUCUGCGGAAGAGGUGGAGAGAGAGACACGCGUCAUGCAGGAGAUAGAAGCCCACAUCGAGGGAGUGGAACACGUCAGAGAUAUCCUUAACCCAAUGAGGAAGUUCCUGAGACAAGAGAUGGUGAUGGAGGCGAAGACCGUGGGGGGUAAGAAGGACCGUUCUCUCUUCCUCUUCAGUGAUCUGCUCAUCUGCACCACCCUAAAGAGGAAGUCUGGAUCCCUGAGACGCAGCUCCAUGAGCCUGUACUCUGCUGCCAGUGUGAUCGACACUUCCAGUAAAUAUAAGUUCCUGUGGAAGCUUCCCCUAGAGGAUGUGGAGAUUGUGAAAAGCCCCUCCCAGGCAACCAACAAAGAGACCAUCCAGAAGAUGAUUGGUCGAUUGGACGAGGACCUGAGUACACUGGGACACAUCAGCAAACUAUCAGAGACUCUCAGCUUCCCUCACCAGUCUCUGGAUGACGUGAUAAAGGACCUGAUGGUGUCAGUCCACAGGGAGCUUGCAGAGAAACAGUCUCUAGCCUUCAGUAUGAGCUUCCUGCCCACCAAGCUGGAGCUGACCACCGCCUCGGCAGAAACCAGCUUCGUCUUCGAGUUCAGCUCCCCAGACACACGCAGCAACUUCCAACAGGCCUUCGAAGAUGCCAAGAAGCAACUGGCAAUGAAUAAGGACCAGUGGGACCCAGAGUUCCUGAAGGCGAUCCCCAUUAUGAAGACCCGUAGUGGGAUGCAGUUCUCCUGUGCCUCCCCCAGCCACAGUUGUCCAGAGAGCAGCAGUGAGGUGUGGGUGUGUAACAGUGAUGGUUACGUGGGCCAGGUGUGUCUGCUCAACAUCAGAGACCAGCCCACUGUAGAGGCCUGUAUUGCUGUCUGCUCUGCUAGGAUCAUCUGCAUCGCCGCGGUCCCUGGACUCAAGGGGAGGGAACGUGGAGUGGACCCCUUCCCUGCCCCUCCCCGUGUAGCUGUCGACUCCACCCCAUCCCAGCAGCAGCUACACAUCUCCAUUUCUCAUUCGUCGCUGCAGCUGACCGAGCCCCCUUCAGGGGCGGGUCCAGAGUUAGUUCCGUUUGACAGUGAUGACACGGACGAUGAAGAUUCUCCUAGCCCCUCCUCCACUCUGCAGAGCCAAGCCAGUCACUCUACUGUGUCAUCCAGCUAUGCCAAUGAGGAGGGGUCUGGUUCUAAGGACAUGGCUACAGAGACCACCAGUAGUGAGGAGGAGCAGGACUACCCAGAGGCCAGUCCUUAUGGAGCUCCAGGCAGGCCAGGGGUGGGUGGAAGAGGUCGACCCCACAGCGAGAGCCCCAUGGACGGGAGAGCGAUGCGCCGCUCCUCCCGGGGAUCCUUCACUAGAGCCAGUCUGGAGGAUCUGCUCAGCAUUGACCCGGAGGCUUACCAGAGCUCUGUGUGGCUGGGCACAGAGGACGGAUGUAUCCAUGUGUACCAGUCAUCAGACAACAUUCGGAACCGUAAGAACAGCAUGAAGAUGCAGCAUUCUGCCCCCAUCCUGUGUGUUCUCUACCUGGACAACAAGGUGUUUGUGUCCCUGGCCAACGGAGAAGUGAUCGUCUACCAGAGGGAGGCGGGGAGUUUCUGGGACGCCCAGUCAUCUCAGACGUUGAGUCUGGGCACGCCCAGUAGUCCUGUCACUAAGAUGGUCCCGGUCGGUGGGAAGCUGUGGUGUGGUUCACAGAACCGCGUUCUCAUCAUCAACACAACCACACUGGUGCAAGAGCACUGGUUCCAGGUGGGCACAGACAGCAGUAGGUGUGUUACCUGCAUGGUGAGCUACGGCCAGGGGGUGUGGCUGGCGCUCCAGGGUAGUGCCCAGAUCAGACUUUACCACGCCCAGACCUGGGACAGCCUGACGGAGGUGGACGUGGCUCCCGCCGUGCACAAGAUGCUUGCAGGUUCAGAUGCGAUCAUCCGGCAACACAAGGCAGCGUGUCUGAGGAUCACAGCUCUCCUGGGCUGUAAGGACCUGCUGUGGAUCGGGACCAGCGCAGGGGUGGUCCUGACCCUGUCUAUCCCAGCCGUCAGCUCUGGGACUGUGUCAGGGACGCUGCGGUCACCUCUGACCCCCAUGGGCUCCGCUCACGGACACACUGGCCAUGUGAGGUUCCUCACCUCCAUAGAACUACCUGAAGGAUUCAAUGUCAACUUCCCCCUGCCCGCCGAUACCACAGCCCAGAGUGGUGUUGACGGGGGUAAUGGGGGUCUGCAGAGGCGGGACUCCUCUCACCGACGAGCCUCCGCCCUCCUUCCCGUCAAAACCAAUCAGCUGGUGAUCUCAGGUGGCGACGGCUACGAGGACUUCCGGCUGACCAAUAGCAGCAGUGAGACAGUGGGGCGGGACGACAGCACCAACCACUUACUGCUGUGGAGGGUCUGAGCCAAUCAGCCGGCCCCAUUUGAUAAAGCCCACCCCCUAAGCACCAGCAACAUACAGUACUGCCUUGGAGAGUUGUCUGACCCCUUUAAACCCCACCCUCAGCUGAAACCGCACACAAACCCCGCCCUCCUCUUUGAACCUCUCCCCCUUUUUAUUAGGUCCAGUUUUUUUUGUCCUUUGCUCAAUCUUCUGAUCUCUCUGUGCACGGAUGUUGUUAGCCCAGACUGAAAAACUACAGACUCACUUUAAACCAGGUUUCUGUUGUUUUAGUUUAUUCCGAUGCAACUGUGUGUGUUAAUCGCUGAGUGGUGUGUGCUUGGGUGUUCCGGCGUGAAUCGCCCUCCACUUGUAUUGCUCAGUCUGUGGACUCCGUCUCAUAAUGAAACUCUACAGACUUUACUUGGAGAGAGGGAACAAGAGAGAGAGAGAGAGAGAGAGGGAACAAGAGAGAGAGAGAGAGAGAGAGGGAACAAGAGAGAG